GGGAAAGGGGGGGCGUGAUCCUGUGGGCCCGCCCCUGGUUGGUGAUUGGUCGGAGGGCGGCCGGGGGCGGGCCCGAGGGUGAGGUCCUCCCCGCUGCUCGGUACCCUCCGCCCCCCGGUCUGGGGCUCCGGGUAAAGUUUCAGCCUCCGCACGUGACUCGCCAUGGCCGCUGCUUUCGCCCCGCGCCCCUGAGCCGCGGCCCCCCAAACCGCUCCUCUCCCUGGACCCCGGCAACCCCUGACGCCGAGCGGCUCCAAGGCUCAGGGUCAGGGCAGACGCCGUGCUCGCGGGCGACCCGGACGGAUUGCUUCCCUCCGCUGCGAGCAUCACAGGACAUGGCCUCCCCAGCCACCUAGCCGGGGCCCACCUAGGAGAGGGAUCCUUUCAGCGUCCUGAAGGCCAGCUCUGGACCUUCCUGGGAAAGUGCCAGCUCACAGAACUGCUUGACCAAAGGACCGGCUCUUGGGACGUCCCCCAGCCCACCUGGCCCCCAACUGGAGUCGGGGCUCCAGGAGGCCGAGAUCAGCCUGCUAGCCUUGGACCGCAGCUCCAGGACAGAAGGGGGGGGGGUGGGCUGACCACCCAAACCCCCUCUGGGCCCAGGCCCCAUGACCCGAGGAGAGGUGGCCUGAAGCCUGCCAGAGCCUUCCGCCAGACUGUCUGCCUGCUCUUCUGACUGUGGCUGCUUGGCAUGGCCAGUAACAGCAGCUCCUGCCCGACACCUGGGGGCGGGCCCCUCAAUGGAUACCCGGUGCCCCCCUACGCCUUCUUCUUCCCCCCCAUGCUGGGGGGACUCUCCCCACCAGGCGCUCUGACCACUCUCCAGCACCAGCUUCCAGUUAGCGGCUAUAGCACGCCAUCCCCAGCCACCAUUGAGACCCAGAGCAGCAGUUCCGAAGAGAUAGUGCCCAGUCCCCCCUCGCCACCCCCUCUCCCCCGCAUCUACAAGCCUUGCUUUGUCUGUCAAGACAAAUCCUCAGGCUACCACUAUGGGGUCAGCGCUUGUGAGGGCUGCAAGGGCUUCUUCCGCCGCAGCAUCCAGAAGAACAUGGUGUACACGUGUCAUCGGGACAAGAACUGCAUCAUCAAUAAGGUGACCCGGAACCGCUGCCAGUACUGCCGGCUGCAGAAGUGCUUCGAAGUGGGCAUGUCUAAGGAGUCCGUGAGGAACGACCGAAACAAGAAGAAGAAGGAGGCACCCAAGCCCGAGUGCUCCGAGAGCUACACGCUGACGCCAGAGGUGGGGGAGCUCAUCGAGAAGGUGCGCAAAGCGCAUCAGGAGACCUUCCCCGCCCUCUGCCAGCUGGGCAAGUACACUACGAACAACAGCUCAGAACAGCGUGUCUCUCUGGACAUUGACCUCUGGGACAAGUUCAGUGAACUCUCCACCAAGUGCAUCAUUAAGACUGUGGAGUUCGCCAAGCAGCUUCCCGGCUUCACCACCCUCACCAUUGCGGACCAGAUCACCCUUCUCAAGGCUGCCUGCCUGGACAUCCUGAUCCUGCGGAUCUGCACGCGGUACACGCCCGAGCAGGACACAAUGACCUUCUCGGAUGGGCUGACCCUGAACCGGACCCAGAUGCACAAUGCCGGCUUCGGCCCUCUCACGGACCUGGUCUUCGCCUUCGCCAACCAGCUGCUGCCCCUGGAGAUGGAUGAUGCUGAGACAGGGCUGCUCAGUGCCAUCUGCCUCAUCUGUGGAGACCGGCAGGACCUGGAGCAGCCAGACAGGGUGGACAUGCUGCAGGAGCCGCUGCUUGAGGCACUGAAGGUCUAUGUGCGGAAACGGAGGCCCAGCCGCCCACACAUGUUCCCCAAGAUGCUGAUGAAGAUCACAGAUCUGCGAAGCAUAAGUGCUAAGGGGGCUGAGCGGGUGAUCACGCUGAAGAUGGAGAUCCCGGGCUCCAUGCCACCUCUCAUCCAGGAAAUGUUGGAGAACUCAGAGGGCCUGGACACUCUGAGCGGACAAGCGGGGGGCGGGGGGCGGGAUGGGGGCGGCCUGGCUCCCCCGCCUGGCAGCUGCAGCCCCAGCCUCAGCCCCAGCUCAAACAGAAGCAGCCCGGCCACCCACUCCCCGUGACUGCCCGUGCCCCAUGGACACAGCCCUCGCCCCGUGCCCUGGCUUUUCUCUGCCUUUCUACCAACCAUGCGACCCCCGCCAGCCCUGCCCCCCACCCGUCCUCCCUUCCCUGGGGGACCGGAGGGAGGCGGCGGCGACUCUUCGGACAGAGGCCUGGGCCUGCGAUGGACUGCCCGCUCCUGCUGAUGUCAGGGCUGACAUCGGGGGCAAGGACUGAGUGAGGACCCCUGGUCCCGGGCCUCAGGAUGGGGCCCGGGGGCCUCGUGUUCAUCAAGACACCCCUCUGCCCACCUCUCCACAUCUUCAUCACCAGCAAAUGCCAGGACCUGGCUCCCCCAUCCUCAGAACUCGCAAGCCAUUGCCCCCUCGUUGGGGAACCCCCCUGCCUCGGUUGGUGACAGAGGGGGUGGGCCGGGGUGGGGGAUUCCCCCUGUACAUACCCUGCCGUACCAACCCCCAGGUAUUAAUUCUUGCUGGUUUUGUUUUUAUUUUAAUUUUUUUUUUUUGGUUUUGAUUUUUUUAAUAAGAAUUUUCAUUUUAAGCACA